AUGGACUUGCUAACUAAUCGUGACGAUGAGAUGGACUCGCAGCUUUCAAUGCCUUCUACAGGUGGUAUGCCGGCGGACCCGGAGUUUGAUAGUGGCGAUCUUAUCCUAAAUGAUGGACGGCUGAAUAUUAAAUUCAACGAGCACAAGCCCUUCUUCAAAAAGCUGGUCCAAUAUCUUGAGAGAAGCCUGAAAACGGUUCAUGGCAAUAUUGAACCUUCCAAUUUUCAAAAAGAAGAAAAGGAGCCAUUCCCGCUUCAGUUGAAUAUCGUCAUUCAGGUCGUUGGUUCACGAGGUGACAUUCAACCAUUUAUUGCGCUGGGAAAGGAGCUUCGAAGAAACAGCCAUAGGGUUCGUCUCGCCACACAUCUCAAGUUCCGCGAUGAAAUAAGAGAAAGUGGAUUAGAAUUCUUUGAUAUCGGGGGCGAUCCGGAGCAGUUAAUGGCUUUCAUGGUCCAGAACCCUGGCCUCAUGCCGGGUUUGAGCACAAUCAAAAGCGGUGCGAUUCGGCAACGACGCCGGGAAAUGAAAGCCAUUUUUUCCGGCUGUUGGCGAUCCUGUUUUGAAAUGGGUGAUGGAACCGGUCUGCGUCAAAUGCCCGACAAUAUAGGAAUCGAUGCGACUGAGAACCAUGCGCGACCAUUCGUGGCCGAUGUUAUUAUUGCAAAUCCACCGAGUUUUGCACACAUCAGCUGUGCUGAGAAGCUGGGAAUCCCUCUCCAUCUAAUGUUCACGAUGCCAUGGUCACCAACACGUUCAUUCCCACAUCCUCUAGCUAGCGUCCGAUCGAAGGAUGGGAAGACAUCUAUGGCAAACUUUGCUUCUUAUGCUUUGGUGGAAAUCAUGAUUUGGCAUGGGCUUGGUGAUUUGAUCAACAAUUUUCGCAAGAAGGACCUUGCUCUGGAUCCGUUGGAUUCCAGUCAGGUCCCCGGUCUCAUCCAAAAGCUAAAGAUCCCGUACAGCUACCUUUGGUCCCCCGCCCUCUUACCAAAACCCGAGGACUGGUCUGAUAAUAUCGACAUUUGCGGUUUUCAAUUCUUGACCUCGGAAACGGAGUAUCGGGCACCCCAGGCACUGCAAGAGUUUCUCGAUGCAGGCGAACCUCCAAUUUAUAUUGGAUUUGGGUCAAUAGUUGUCAAGGAGCCGGUGAAUCUAACACUGAUUAUCUUUGAAGCUGUCCGGCGGACAGGCCAGCGAGCAAUUAUCAGUAAGGGAUGGUCAAAUAUCGGCAUGGGUGUACCUGAGACUCGUGGGGACAUUUUCCUUCUGGGUAAUUGCCCCCAUGAAUGGCUCUUUCCACGUGUUUCAUGCGUGGUACACCAUGGAGGUGCUGGAACCACUGCCGCCAGCUUGCUUGCUGGCCGCCCCACAGUGAUUAUACCAUUUUUUGGCGAUCAGCCAUUUUGGGGUUCAAUAGUCGCCAAAGCAGGUGCUGGUCCACCACCGGUGCCAUACAAAAGGCUCACGGCAACAGAUUUGGCUUCUGCCAUCAGUACGGCCCUCGAACCUCUGACCAAAACCAAUGCCGAGGACAUCGGUAAGAAAAUGAGAAUGGAAAACGGUGUGCAGAACGUGGUCAGGAGCUUCCAUCACCAUCUAAACACUGAAAAAUUACGUUGCUCUAUUUGUCCACACAAGCCGGCUGUAUGGUGGCACAGGCGUUCACGGAUCAAGCUGAGUGCGCUUGCAGCGUCAGUCUUGGUACAUAUGGGACAAGUUGACCCGCAUGAUUUGGUAAUGUACCACCAACUUGAGUAUAGCACCGGCCGGGAUCCUCGGGGCCCUCUCUCUGCCGGUGCAGAGGCUUUUUACGACUUGGUCACUGACAUGGUUGGCGGAAUGGUGCGUAUUCCAAUGGAUAUAUCAUCCUUCGUUACUGGGAAGCAGCCCAUGGGAGAAUACAAAAAUAGUAAACUACACGGUUGGGCCGUGAAGCGUUUUUCGAACGCAUUUUCCAGGAAAGCCAAACAGGUGACUUGGGUAAGUUCGGAGGAUGAAACAGGGACAGAUGUGCCGAUUGAAGAGUACCCGGAAAGCGUAAACAGCUACUAUCAUGGUUGUACAGCUGGAAACAUUCCAGUUAUAGGUUCUGAAUACACAGACAACGACAUCGGGAUUAUCCAUCAGUCGCCUAACCGGGAACAGCAACUAAUGACGGCACGAACCAAGGGAGUCUUCACCGACACGCCCCAUUAUACCGGAAGAAUUGCAACACAGUUACUUGAUUUUUUUCUUCGUCUUCCGACCGACUUUGCCCUCGGUUUAACAAAGGGGUUUCAUAACGCGCCUAAAUUGUACAAUGACUCAACAGUCAAAGAAUUUCCCAUUGUCAGAAGCACUAAAAGCGGGAUUCGCGCUGCCACCACUGAAUUCACUCAAGAGUUCUAUGACGGCAUUACUGGCAUUAUCAUGCAGCCCGUUGAAGCGGUCCAAGAACAUGGGGGUAGAGGCCUGAUACCAGGAAUUGGAAAAGGACUUGGUGGUGCAUUCUUCAAGCCGAUGACGGGUAUCCUCGCCAUAGCAGGCUUUCCUCUUGACGGGUUACACAAGACUCUCAGGAACUAUAUAUCCAGGAGUAAACUAAGAGGGAUUAUUCAAUCACGGAUCACGCAGGGCAUUGAAGAAAUGUGUGAUGCGUCAAACGAGGAGCGGCAAAGAAUCAUUCACAAGUGGCACGAAAUACGCAUAUAG